AUGCGAUACUCAUCUCUCUUCCCAACCCUCCUGGCCUUCCAACCAUCUCUAUGCGCGCCAUCCCAACCACCGAUAACCAACACCUCCACCCUGCCCACCCACUAUGGCCUUCUCAUCUUCCCUCACUACCAAGCCCUUGACAUCUUCGGUCCAAUGGACCUCCUAAACUCACUCUUCAUGCUCUACAGCAAUAUGACCCAGACACCGCACCUUUCUGUCCUCAGCAAGACCAUGGCACCAGUGACAAGCGCAAUGAUGACCGGUGGCUUUGGACAGGAAAUUGUACCAACGACUACCUUUGCAGACUACCUAACAGGCCGUGAAAAAGACCAAGAGGGAGAUUCAACAAGCAAAGGCGACAUCGAUGUCCUUGUCGUACCGGGCGGAGGCGGAACCCGCAGAGAUAUGAGUGCAGAAAUUGACUUUGUCAAACUGACGUAUCCAAAGCUCAAAUACAUAAUCUCCAUCUGCACUGGCGCUACUAUUCUUUCGCGCGCGGGCGUCAUCGAUGAUAAACGCGCCACCACGAACAAGCGCAGUUGGGCGUGGGCAACAUCUACAGGGCCGAAUGUGACAUGGGUACCGACAGCCCGCUGGGUUGAACAUGGUAAUGUGUUUACUAGUAGCGGGGUUUCCGCGGGUACAGAUGCAAUGUAUGCCUUUGUGAGCCGCGUCUAUGGAGAGGCGGUUGCAGAGUAUAUGAGUUUGAGUCUGGAGUAUGAGAGAGUCGUGGAUUGGCAGCAUGACGAUUUUGCGAGGGUAUGGAAUGUACCUGGUGCUACUUGA